GGUGACAUUGUGAUAUUCUUAGAAAUGAUGACUAUCCUAAUAUUAUUUAUGAUUUGAUUGUAUGGUAUCAAAGUUAAAUAGGAAAUAAGAAAAGUUAUGGAAUACUACGCUCAAAAUAUAUUGAAAGAAGAAACAGAUGGCGGAUGAGUACAUAACGGUCAGAAGUAGUCCCCGACUAGCAGUCGCCACCGUCACUAGAAUAGUAAAUAGAAGCCCUCUUUUGUUUUAGAUUUUUAUUUUUAAGUUAUACUAAACACGUUUUAUUCUAUUUGUGUUCACCUUUAAAUGUUGUUUAAACUCCGAUCAUCAUCUUAAGUACUCCUCAAAGAUUUUCCCGUUCCACAAGCAGAAAUGGACACCGACGAAGCGGAGUCGUCCAGUAGUGGGGGGCCAAUGUCCUCACUCAACAGUCUGUUCUCCUUCACGAGUCCUGCUGUCAAGAAACUACUUGGCUGGAAACAGGGAGAUGAGGAAGAAAAAUGGGCAGAGAAGGCUGUUGAUGCUCUGGUGAAGAAGUUGAAGAAGCAGAAAGGUGCAAUAGAAGAUCUGGAACGUGCGUUAAGCUGUCCGGGUCAGCCGAGCAAGUGUGUCACCAUACCGAGAAGUCUGGAUGGCAGACUGCAGGUAUCUCACAGGAAGGGACUGCCUCAUGUGAUCUACUGUCGGGUUUGGAGGUGGCCUGACCUGCAGUCACAUCACGAGUUAAAACCCUUGGAACAGUGCCAGUACCCAUUCUCAGCUAAACAGAAGGAGGUCUGCAUCAACCCUUAUCAUUACAAGAGGGUUGAGAGUCCAGUGUUGCCACCUGUGCUGGUGCCUCGCCACAGUGAGUUUGCACCAGGACACUCACUGUUGCCGUUCCAGCAGAUGCCAGAGCCCACGAUGCCACAGAAUGUGUCGUACUCCACCAGUGGCUUCAAUGCUGGCCCAAACUCACCACUAAGCUCCGUCCCCUCCCCUGCCACAUCUAAUCCCCAUAGUCCCUACAGUGCCAAUGGUCUAUCAGAAUCGCCCCCACCUGCGUACAGUCCGCCUGAGGAGAGCCAACAUGCACCCUCGCCUGCGCUCAGUCGAGACACAAUGGAUACCAGCAGUGUCGCGGAGGUGGCCCCUGUCUCAUACCAGGAACCUCUGUACUGGGCUAGUAUAGCGUACUACGAGCUGAACUGUCGGGUGGGAGAAGUAUUCCACUGUCAGUGUCACAGCGUCAUUGUAGAUGGCUUCACCAACCCUAGCAACAACCUGAACCGGUUUUGUCUGGGUCAACUGAGUAAUGUCAAUAGAAACUCCACAAUUGAGAAUACCCGCAGGCAUAUUGGAAAAGGUGUGCACCUAUACUACGUGGGCGGAGAGGUGUACGCAGAGUGCUUGUCCGACAGCGCAAUAUUCGUCCAGUCACGCAACUGUAACCACCAUCAUGGCUUCCACCCCUCUACAGUGUGCAAGAUACCACCGGGCUGCUCACUCAAGAUAUUCAACAAUCAGGAGUUCGCACAACUGCUAUCUCAGUCUGUCAACCAUGGCUUCGAGGCUGUCUACGAACUGACUAAAAUGUGUACAAUCAGGAUGUCAUUUGUGAAGGGGUGGGGGGCGGAAUACCACAGACAGGACGUGACGAGUACACCGUGCUGGAUAGAGGUCCACCUCCAUGGACCCCUACAGUGGCUGGACAAGGUGCUCACGCAGAUGGGCUCGCCACACAACCCCAUCUCGUCGGUGUCGUGAACCUACACUGCAAACUGAUUCUGAUCUCACCGUGGCACUUGGGACUGGCUGGCCAGUUGUAAUACAGACCGCGACUAAACAAAUCUAUUCCUUCUUAUACGUGAGAAAUAAUGUCAAAUCUAUGUUUUAAUCAGUAUUCGUUUAAAUACAUAUGACAAUGAUCUCCGCUAAAGAAUAAUAGGAGAUCUAACGCUUCUGUUAAAAUAUAUUAACAGCCAAUUAGUCUAGGGGAAAAUAUUCCAUUGAACUUAAUUUAUUUCUCAAUUAAUAUACACCAUAAAUUCACUAGACUGACCACAUUAUUUUUUGAUACCACAAUACUUGCAAAUAUUUAAAAAUAAAUGAUUGGUAGAUUAUUUUAUAAUUCUUUGUCUUUAACCUGAAACGCUGCAGUGUAAAUAUUCUUUCCCCUGUCGAGGAUUGAAGUAAGAUCGAAUGAGCAGAUAAUAGACAUUGCGUAACUGAAACAUGUAUCUCUCCAAUCUGUUGUGAGUAACAUGUAUACCACUUGUAUUUUGUGACACAUCAAAUAAUCGUAUUGACUGGUACUACCAGUAGGCCUUGCAAACACAGGCCAGAAUUGGUACAUAGUUCUUUCAUUUGGAAUUUCUUGAGAUUAGUUUUAUUAUUCCAAAGAUUUUUUUAAUUUUUAAAACUAAUUGAAUUUGUAUUAUCUAUAUUUAACAGAUUUAAAUUGAUUAAACAAAAUGUUAACAAAAGACUUACAGUAAUUAAUUGUCUAAAUGAUUAUAAGAUUUAAUUAUAAUGGACAGUAGUAUUCAACACUGUGUACAUUUAAGCCAUUUACCAAAUUUAGUUUCAACGAUGAGUCCUCUUAAGGAGUAAAAUAUGUAAGAAUAUAAACAUUAGAUAAUUUUAUGGAAUGAGGAUAUUGGUGAUAAGAACCCAAAAAAUAAGUCAGUACAACACUUUACACCUUGGAAUUGUUCAGAAAUUCUCUACAGAGUUAAUAUUUAGUCAACUAUUUAUUAAUUGAUUGAUUGGAUUAAACUUAACUUUGUAGUCAAGAUUCAUUUCAUUUUAAUUUCUCAUUCUAUCUUAACCCUCUCCCGUACAAGAGGCCCAAAUUGACUUGUUGGCCAAACGCCCUAGAAUCGGCCCGACAUUCAUAACUAUGCAAUAUCUUAGUUCUUUGGCAAGUGCUGUGCUCUAGAUGUAACGGGGAACUAUUUCGACUAGUUCUAGUAGUUGCAGAACACUUCCUUGUUCUUCUUUUAUUUUUCUCUUACAUGUUUACGUUUCUGUGCAAGGUUAUUUGCCUUUAUAUUUUAAUAUCAUCGCAAACAUGGCAAGUUCAAGUCGGUACAUUACUUGCAGCGAAACAGAUUGUAAAUGAUACCUUCGGCUUCAUCAUAUGUCAGUGUUAUAAGUAUGCUGCUUUGAAAUGAUUAUUUGCAACUUUAACAUUUGAAAUAAAACGGUUACUGCACAAAUGAAGACGAAAAAAACGAAAAAUAUUUGAUCUAUUACCCUAAAACGCAUUGUGGUACUUUAGUCAGUGUUAGUUUUGAAGGCGUAUUUCUGAACUUUAAAAUGAUGCUAAAGACAUAAUGUUAGCUUAAAAGAACUUUUGUUGAGGUAAAAAGUUAACCAUUAGGUUUUUGCUUGAGUGGUUGGAUAAACCGGUCUUGCUACAGGCACAUCGGCACUAUGUAAUGCGCACGGAGAGAGUUAAGCAUUUACUAGUUAUCUUCAUUAUAAGUCUGAGAUAACGUUGGCACUCAAAUUAUUUUGUAUGGUUUACGUUCAUGAAAUAAUAGGAUUUUAUGUUCGUGCAAGGAUAGUUAAUGUAUCAACUAAUAAGUAAUAAAUAAUAAUAGUAUAAAACUCAAUGAAAUGAAUUUAUAAUUACAUUGUUAUAGUUUCUAGACACAACAUAGGUGUGUUCGUACUUCAGAUGAUUAUAUUCUUUAGGACCAACAGCAACACAACAACAGAUAAAUAUCACAAUAAGAACUUACAGCAUAAUAACAUUUUUCUGUUGCUUGAAUUAAUUUUGAAAAUAAUUCUCACAAAUUUGAUUUUACUUACUCCUGCCAAUUUAAUUUUUGAUGACAGGAUUUCAACCAAGGUUAUAAACCUUAAACUGGCAUUUAUACUCUUCUAUAAAGUUUUGACUUAGUAAUUUUUGCUGCUUUGAAUACAAAUUCCAAAAGUGUUUAAAACUAGAGGUUAUGUACUGUUAUCAUAUCACAACAUAACUGAUCACUUACGAUUGACAGAACUUUCAAUUUAUCUAAUGAUGUUGUUUUUGUGAACGAUUUGGAGGACACCAUAAGCAUAAAAACUUAACUAACAUUUUAAGGUAGCUCUUUUUAAAGAAUUUUUAGUUGUUUGAAUGAUUGUAGAUAAUGGUUAAGAAAAUUGUUUCAAAUCAGAAUUACAAAUACUUAAACCAAAAGUAAAAUUGAAAAGUUAUAUAGAUUGUAUUUAAAAUCAAAUAUUGUUGUAUUAUUUCUGUAUUGUAAUAUGGAGAUGAAUACAUUUGUUGUACUUUGUAACCCAAAAAUUUGAAUUUAGGCUUCUGCAUGGAAGUUGUGCUUCAAGGUACUCCCAGCACUCUUCUAUGCUGCUCUUGGUAUUUUUCUAUGAUUUCUUAUGAAACAUUGUUUAUAAUAAUACUAAGUUCCAAAUUAUUUCAGUUAUGCAUAUUUAAAAGACUACCAAAAAUAAUAUUCAUGACUACUAAGUUAUUUUACAUUAUUUAUUACCAUGUAUUUUUAUACUUUUUAAUCAAUGUAUGGGAAACUUAUUGAAGAUCUUUUACAAAAUCUGUGGUCACUUGCCAUGGGAUUAUUUAGUUUACUGUUUUCAUUAUAAAGACAAUUAUUUAAUUUGUUGUCACCUGCGGUGCUAUCUACUUGUGUACAUCAUUAUCAUUAUUGCAUAAUAACUCAUUAUAAUAUAUUCAGGAGAAAAAAAUUCGUCACCAAUAAGAUAGAAUAAUAAACGAGAGCAGCAAUAAAUAGGCCAGAAGAAUGUACUUUUCCUUAGCUCAAAAAGUCCCAUGCUGAAACCCAAAAUUCAACACACUGGGCUUUAAAGUGAUUGAAGUUGAUUUUAGCAUUGGAACUUGCUAUAAUUAAUAAAGAUUUCUUGAAGCUGUACAUAAGCAUAUCAUAGACAAAAGAAGAAAUACUUUCUUCUAGCAUAUAUUUUUAAUUAUAAAGAAUUCCCAAUGUCCUAAAUAUUAAUAACACAUUUGUGUUAAACUAGGAGGUGUGGACUAGCACAUAAUGACAAAACAUUAUAUUUUUAUCCUAUCAAUCAUGACUGUGGUGUAACCAAUCUAAAAGUAAAAAGUAUACAAAUUAUGGAAUAGGGUUCAUUACAUUUUCCCGUGUCCGGCUCCUCACCAAUAAGGAGUCUAAUCCCCACGCUCUCGUGACAAUGAAUGGAAGUUCUGUACUUGACAAUUACAAAGAGAUCUAAUGACGAAACAUUUCAAAAUGUCUCCUAAUGAGGUUAGUGACAGAUCUGUCCAAGCAGGAGAAACAAAAAGAUCUUAAGCAAAAUCGGUAUUUUGAAAUUAAAACAAAAUUGAACACUAAUGUAAGAUUAUCCGAAGUGUGACUGCAGAAAAAGGUAACAUGUGCAAAUUAUUAUCGGGUAACAAGAUCUACUAGGCUCGUGUCCAAGGCAGGUGUGUGAAGCCCAAAGACAGCCAGUCCCAGGCGGCCAGGCAAGUGUUAAGUUAGGCUACAAGUUAUUGUCUCUGCACCUCUCCAAGCUCUACCAAAUGGGUGCAAUAUUGUAAUCCCUAGUCCGGGGAUAUUACAUGUGUGUAUAGUUUUGUUUUUUAAUGUUAUCUGAAAAUGAAAUGAUAGUUUUAUCUGUAUUUAUAUAAAUAUUUUAGCACUUGUGUUUAGUUCCUCUGUUGAUGUUUUUCUGUUUUUAACCGAUUUAUGUUGUAUAUCUGGAACAAACCCGCUCAUAUGAUACUGUAGUCGUAGGUUAAGGAAUAUCUGAAUACCGGUUCGUACGCGGAUGUUCUUGCCUUCGUUCGUGAUUUCGUUUUGAAAAUUGUUAAACAACAUAUUUAGUAUUUGUUGUAUUCAUCGUAAUCGGGGUUCUGCAAUCGGCAAGUACAUUACAUUUGGGAGGCCCUUACACCUGGUGAGGGGGGGGAAUAUUUCAGUUGCUAGUCAGAAGUACUUGUCCUCUCCUACAACUUUCACCUUUGUACUUGUGACAGACGGUGCUGCCGUCAUAAUGUUAGUACAUUACAUCUGGGAGGCCCUUACACCUGGUGAGGGGGGGGGAAUAUUUCAGUUGCUAGUCAGAAGUACUUGUCCUCUCUUACACCUUUCACCUUUGUACUUGUGACAGACGGUGCUGCCGUCGUAAUGUUAGCAUAAAUUAUUGUGGUAAUGUGUGAAUGUUCGAAUGGCUCUACGUAAAAAAGGAAAAAUUUAAUUAUACAAUUAUACAAUCAUAAAAAUAUAAUUGAAAAAUAUAAGAGAACCCUUCAAAAGAUAGUCUUCUUUAAUAUUUUAUGACUUUGGUUUCUUUUUGGUUAUUGUUCAACUCAUAUGAAGACAAUUAAAGGAUUUCAAACCACUAAUCGCACUACAACUGACUGUGAGUAGAAAUGUCGUGUUCUCAGCAAUCUAUCUCUCUGUCACAAGUAACGUGGAAGAUUGGGCAGACAAACUACAGACUGGGGACACAACAAUAUCAUUAUCGUCAUUAUAAUUAAUCUCUUAAAUAAAGAACCCUUAUUAAAUUAAUUUUAUUUCAAUUACUUCCAUUUAUUAAUAAUUACAAACCUGUUAUUGAAUUAUUGUUACUUUUAGUUAGAGGAUUUAAGUAAAUCGAAGAACCUGUGUUAUAUAUUCUAGUUAAUUUUACAAAUUGUUAUCUCAAACGAUUACCUAAUUUUAUGUGUAUUUGGGAUUUCCUCUUAGUUUAAAUGAAAAUGUUAGAUAACUUUAAUUUAGGAAUCCCAAUUUUAAAAAAUCUUCUAAGUCUUUGUUAGCUUUUUAGUACCGUAUGAGGUGUAAACAGUAAUUUUAUAUUACAUAUCGUUUGAAUUCACAUCAUCAUAAUAAUUGUAAGGUUAAUUAUUAGAAAUUGUAAGUGAGACACUGUUUUUACCUAUAUUAUGGUAAUUGUUUAGUUUUAUCUCGACUAAGCUAAGUCAUACUGUAUAAAAAUAAAGAAAGAUAAUACAAAAAUCGUAUUGAAUAAUGCAUUUAUUUAUUACUAUUUUUAAACGCAAUACAAUAUUCUAUAUUGAGAGUAAUGUGUUUGCAAAAUGUGAUGGGAUAUUAUUUAUUAAUAAUAAAUUACUUGAAAUUCAAAAAAAAAGUUUUAACAAAAUAUUAAUUUGUCUUUUAUAUUUAUGUAAUGUAUAUUAAUUGAUUUUCUUAAAACAAAACAAUAUUGUUCUGUAUCAUUAACUCGUAAGCAUAAGCAUAUAUAAAAUGAAACUAUAAUAUCAAUAUUUUAAUAUAAAUACACGUACAAAGUGAUAGCGCAAGCAAGAAUUUUGUAAAAUAUUAAAUGUAUGAUUUACCAAUUGAACUGGUUUUAGCAAUAUGUUAAUAUGUUAGUUUUUUAUGUGUAUAGUUAUUAUUUAGUGGUUUUACUUACAUGUUUGUUUUGUGUAUAAGAGAUCGUAUGUAUGUAUUUGCCCUGGCUAAAUGGACAUUUUGUUUAUAUGUCAAUGUUGUAUUUUUGCAAAAUGUAAAAUUUUCUUUAACCUUGUAA